AUGGUUUUCUUUUUUGUUUCCUUUCAGACUUCCUUGUCAACAUCCCAAUACAAUGUAAUCGAUGAGUGCUGGAGAAGCGAUCCCAAUUGGGAACACAACAGAAUGAAGCUUGCAGAUUGUGCUGCGGGCUUUGGAAGCCGAGCCAAUGGAGGCAAAGGAGGAAGGAUUUACACUGUCACAAGCUCUGACGACAACCCUGCAAAUCCAGAGCCCGGGACACUGAGACAUGCAUCAACCCUUCGUGGGGCAGUGUGGAUAAUAUUUGCCAGGGAUAUGCAGAUACAACUUAAGUUGCCCCUGUUUGUUUCAAGCCACACGACAAUUGAUGGAAGGGGUGCGAGUGUCACCAUCAGUAACGGGGCCUGCAUUCGUGUGUCGAAUGUAAGGCACAUUAUAAUUCAUGGAUUGACCAUCCAUGACUGUUGGGAAAGCUCCCCCGGUCACGUUCUGAUUUCAAAAGCCAGAGGGGUGGUGAACAUAUACCAACAAGAUGGUGAUGCAAUAUCUAUUGAGAGUUCCAGGGAUGUUUGGAUUGAUCAUAACACUCUGUCUCAUUGUGCGGAUGGGCUGGUAGACGUGACUCUUGGUUCAGCCGCCAUCACUGUCUCUAACAACCGGUUUUUCAGUCAUAACGAGGUGAUGUUAUUAGGUAAUAGUGAUUCAGAUCUAGUUGAUAAACACAUGAGGGUGACAGUUGCCUUCAAUCAUUUUGGACCUGGACUCAUGCAACGAAUGCCAAGAGCUAGAUUAGGAUAUGUACAUGUAGUGAAUAACUACUAUGAACCAUGGGGAAUAUACGCUAUUGGAGGAACUUCGAAUCCCACCAUCUUGAGCCAAGCGAAUGUGUUUGUUGCUCCAGAUGACUAUACAAAGAAGCAAGUCACACAGCACAAGGACAAUUCAUAUUCUUCUAGCGUGUGGAGAUCCAAGCGAGAUUUAUUUUUAAAGGGAGCAUACUUUGAGCAGUCAGGUGAAGGGAAAAAAAUCCCAAUGUAUAGAAGAGGAGAAAGAUUUCGAGUUGAAAAGGCCAAAUUUGUACCAGUUUUGACGAAGGAUGCAGGGGCUUUAUUAUGUGUACGAAAUAGGCCUUGCUAG